AGGGAGGGAGGGAAGAUGCAGGCAGUGAGCUGGGGAGGUGCCGGGCACCAUGGCUGUCUCCUCCGCCCUCCUAACGAAUGCCCCCGGCUCGCUGCCUGGGUCCGAGCCAAGCCGCUCGGGGCCGCACAUCAGCACGAGCUGGCAGGCAGCUUGUCUGCGCGCAGGCGGGGCUUUCCCGGACCCUGCGGCGCCCGAGCGACCCAGCCGCUGCAGCUGCCCUCCCGCGGGGACAAGCCGGAGCGAGGGCGGGCGAGGAGCGGAGCGUGACUCGGGUCUGCGGUGGGAACCAGUGCGAUAGCCUCGCCCCCGCUACCCACCCGGCAGCUCCCAGUGCGGCCGCAGACGGGUCCCGUGUCCCCGGAGGUUGCAGCCCCCCAGGCGGGAGGAGCCGCUCCGUACAGCGCUGGGGCGAGCGGGGACAGAGGGGGAAAGAGCAAAGCAGCCUCUGCCUGGGGUUGAGUCUGGUCCCGGCCUUGCUGGGUCCCACAAAACGGGCUCACGGAGGCAGCUCCCCUCGGGCCAUGUUUGACAGCUUCCAGCCCUGGCUUAUUGGUUGACGGGCACUUGGUUUGUAGGGUGCUCUUUGUUCUCCGAGAUAUUGAUUUAUUAGACCUCUGAUCACCUCCCGGAGAAGCCCGGUGUUGAAGACAGGUAAAAUCAUGUCUAACCAACUCUGGAAAGGGUGGGUCAUCUACAUGGUCAUAACGGCAAAUCUUUCUGAAGAAAAAACCAUGAUGCAGAUGUGUCCUUCAUGUGAUGCCACUCAUUUCUGUGACUGUUCUUCAAUGAAUUUGAGCACCAUUCCUUCAGGGCUAACAACUGAUAUCACGGGGCUAAAUCUGUCCUACAACAGCAUAAAAUAUGUCAGAGAAACUGAUCUGCUGGUGGGGGUGAAUCUGAGAGUGCUGCUGCUGCAAUUCAACCAAAUUUGGACAAUAGAUAAGGAAUCAUUUAUAUUCCUUGGAAAAUUGGAACAUUUGGAUUUAUCAAAUAAUAAGUUGACUCACUUGUCACCCAUUUGGUUUAGACAUCUUUUUUCCCUACAGCACCUAAACAUACAGGGUAAUUUAUAUACAACACUGGGGGAGAAUCCCUUGUUUUCUAAUCUCAAAAAUUUGAGAUAUCUGCACCUGGGGAAUAACAAUUCCUUCUCUGCUAUACGGAAGCAAGACUUUGAUGGAAUUACAGUUCUUGAGCAACUUGAGAUUGAUGGUCAAAGGCUCAGGCAAUAUGAAUCAGGGAGUUUGAUAACAGUUAACAUAAAUCAUAUCAUCAUAAACAUAAAUGACGUUCAAGUGUUAUCAGUGAUGGUAGAAGAUUUUAUACAUUCUGUAAUAUGUUUAGAACUGAGACAUAUAGCCUUCAAUACAGCUAAUGAAUCUUCAUUAUUGGAGCCAAUGAGUCAUUCUGUCAUGGAGAAAUUUGUGUUAAAAAAUGUUUUGUUUACAGAUGCAAGCAUUGACAAAAUGUUAAACAUCUUGGUGCAUGCUGAGCAAUUGUUGGAGCUGGAGCUGGACAAUUCUAUACUGCAGGGAACGGGACACUGGCAUGAACCAAUUAAAAUAAAGAGAAGAAGCCCCAUGGAAGUCGUGACAAUACAGAGAUUAACUAUAGAAAAAUUUUAUUUGUUUUCAGAUCUUAGCAGUUUAAAAAAUCUUGUAGGUAACAUCACUAAAAUCACAGUUGUAAAUACUAAGGUCUUCUUGGUGCCUUGCAACAUUUCAAAACAUUUUUCCUCACUCCUUUAUCUUGAUCUCAGUGAAAAUUUGCUUGCAGAUCCAAAUUUGGAACAUUCAUCCUGUGAUGGUGCAUGGCCCUUGCUGCAAACUUUCAAUUUAAGUCAAAAUACAUUGGGUGAUUUACAAAUGACGGCACGAAGUCUCUCUCAUCUAAAACACCUUACUCACCUAGAUAUUAGCCGAAACAAUUUUGGUGAGAUUCCAGAAUCGUGUCAGUGGCCAGAAAACUUGAAAUAUUUAAAUAUCUCAGGCACUCAAAUACCCAAAUUAACAACGUGCAUUCCUCAAACUCUUGAAGUUUUGGAUGUUAGUAGUAAUAACCUCAAUGAUUUUAGAUUAAAGCUACCACGGCUCAAAGAGCUCUAUGUUUCAAAAAACAAAUUAAAGACCUUGCCAGAUGCUCCAUUUAUUCCUAACUUAGUAGCCCUGAGAAUCAGCAGAAACAAAUUAACCAGUUUCUCGAAAGAAGAGUUUGGAUCAUUUAGGAAAAUGGAGACACUGGAUGCAGGUGACAAUAAUUUCAUCUGCUCUUGUGAAUUUCUCUCCUUCAUUCAAUAUCAGGAGGGAAUAGCUAAUGUCUUGGCUAACUGGCCAGAGAAUUAUAUCUGUGACUCUCCGUCCUCUGUGAGAGGGCAGCAGGUAAAAUCUGCUCGGCUUUCGCUGUUUGAAUGUCACAGAACUUUGGCCGUGUCCUUAAUUUGCAUUCUGGUGGUUUUGGUAAUCCUGCUUAUUGUGAUCCUGGGCUACAAACUUCAUGUGAUCUGGUACAUGAAAAUGACCUGGGCUUGGCUUCAGGCAAAAAGGAAACCCAAGAAAUCACACAAUCAUGACUUCUGCUAUGAUGCUUUUGUUUCCUACAGUGAAAGAGACUCCGAAUGGGUUGAAAACUUAAUGGUACAGGAACUUGAGAACGCUAUCCCCCCAUUUAAACUGUGCCUUCAUAAACGGGACUUUGUGCCUGGGAAGUGGAUCAUUGACAACAUCAUUGACUCCAUUGAAAAAAGUCAUAAAACUCUGUUUGUGCUGUCAGAGCACUUUGUGCAGAGUGAGUGGUGCAAGUAUGAGCUGGAGUUCUCGCACUUCCGUCUCUUUGAUGAGCAUAAUGAUGCAGCAAUUUUGAUCCUUUUGGAGCCUAUUCAGGAGGAAACAAUUCCCAAAAGAUUCUGUAAACUGAGGAAAAUAAUGAACACAAAGACCUACCUUGAAUGGCCUCUUGACGAAGGUCAGCAACAGAUAUUUUGGUUUAAUUUGAAAAUAGCAUUAAAAUACUAGAAAAGGUCUGUCAAGACUGAGCCAGUAAUGAGUCCACUAUAAGGGCCUGAUCCCAUUACAUUUGCAGGAUUAGGCUCCUAAAUUUCCCAGAAAGCUGAAAACACUGAAGUUUCUACAUGGUGUUAUGAAAAUAGUUUUUAAUCUUUUUAUGUUUUGUUUUUGCCACGUAUUGUCUCCACAUUUCAAUUGACAGUAAUGAAAUUUGUGUUAAGGAAAUAUACGAAUUGAGGACAGAAAAUUGUUUAGAGACUUGUCCAUGUCGUCUCUGCAUACGUGUCUAUAAAAAGGCUGUAGUGCGAGAAUAUGCAAUAUCUGGUGCAAUUCUGUAUUCGUUAUAUAAACCAUUUAAAACCAAAUGUAGUCAUCCUAUUUAUUUAUAUACUUAAGAUUAUAUUUUUUCUGGCACCCAUACCAUCUAAGGCCCAGCUCCUCAAAGGUAUUAAGGUACCUAACUCCUUUUGAAAUCAAUUGGAAUUGGGCACCUGAAUACCUUUGACAACCUGGGCCUAAGUGCCUGCCACAUUAUUAGACUGGCAAUGCAAGGUCAUUGAUGGACUCCAUUGAGUCUUCUACUCUUCACUCUUCCCUGGUUAUGGGGCCUUGCUUUGGAUAUAGAUUUUUUGGGGUUAUGGGGGGGUUGAAAAUGGUAGUCUGGUUACUUUUUGUAAAGUAAAAUAAUGUAAAGAAAAUAAAUCCAGAGUUAUAAAACAUGUAACCCAAGGAAACAUUUGGCUAUUGCUCAAAUUUGUUGUUAAUUCUUUCAAGGCCUGAUCUAGCUCCCAUUUAAAUCAAUUGGAAAACUUCCCAUUUUACUUCCAUUGGAAUUGGUCUAGACCCA